AUUUUAUAUAUAAAAGGACUCUGAAAGGAAAGGAAAGAGACAGUGUUUAAUCUUUGAAUUAAACAUAACUAACUUAUAUUUCAGGCUUUAAUUAAUUAUAUCAAAUAGUCACUCAGUUGCUAUUCCUAAUCCUGGUUCCUAAUGAUUUAUAUUAUUUUUUAAAUCGCUGAAUCCGCGGAAUACUUUUUAAUGUACAAUACUCCGAAUGGAAUUUAUUAUAUUUAACGCCUUUAUAUAAUAGCAUUAUUUUAGAAAAAAAUGAGGGAAGAUGUCGAUAAAAAUUAUGAAAUGGCUAUAAUUAAGGUAUUAUUUAAUAAGUUAAUUACUGGUUAAGUUAAUCACUGAUUCAUCGGAGUUUGAUCGAAUAAUGUCUAUUUCUAUCAAUACAGAUGAACUUUAACCUCGGUUUAAUUACUUUUUAUCUUUCUGAUUCUUUUUAUCUUUUUCUGAUUCUUAAAAUAGAAAAAGAUAAAAACUAAGUUAAAUAAUGAAAACAAUGAAUAUAAGUCACCUUUCUUAUAAAUUGAAGAGCAUCAUCCGCAAGACGUAAAGCGAUUUACUUCACUCUGAAUUGUCUCUUCUAAGUUUUUUUUAAGAUAUCGAAAGACGCACAUAUUGCUAUUCUCACUCAAUAUUUUAUCUAAAUAUUUUUGAAACAAGGUAAGUUAUAUACAUUAUUUUCAAGCUCAUUUUGAAGCGAAGCAAUAUACGCGCGCCCGUGCACAUGCACAGAGAUACGCGCUGAUAAUAGUAAAAAUAAUAUUUCUAAUGUUAUAACUGUUACCUAGUACUCUGUUAUUAUUGUGUAUUAAUAAUAUAAUAUAUACAGCAAAAAUGGAAUAUCAUGAAUUAAUAUUUUGCAAAUGUUUCCCAGGAUUCGGUUUCGGAAUAUUUCGGGUGAAGGUUCCUGAACGAGGACUCGUUAGGCUUCCCUCCUCUUCCUCGCAGGAAAAUCCACUCGUUCCUUAACCCUUCCUUAUAUCUUCGACGGGGAAGGGAACGGAGAGAAUGACAUAAAGGUGAAGCGGCAUCGAGACGUAGCGCACUCUACGGCGGCCAGAAGAGAGAGAGAGAGAGAGCGAGCGUCGAAUAUAUUUUUUCUUUACUUUCUCCCUUCUGCCGCGUUGCGCGAUUCAACGUCAUUCAACGUCAUUAGCAACCACCCUCGCCUCGCGAGGAAGCCGGCACGUCGCAGACACGCUCAGUCCACGCCACGAGACAGAGAUCGUCGGACGCACGAAGGUGUAAGGUCCGUCCUGCCCGGUCCCCAUUCGAAGAUCAGUCGUCCUCCGAACGCGUUCUCCAUUCGAGGACCAGAGAAGCACGAGGUCGAGAGAUAGCUAAAGAAGCUGAUUGUACGCUCGACGAUAUCGCAGAUCGGAACGCAAUGUGUGUUCGCACGCUGGUGGGUAACGAGACGAGCGAGCCGAUCGCGCCGACCACCGACUCGAAGCAGUCCAGCAAGACGUCCCGUGCCAAAGAGAAGUACAUGAGGCUCUACGAGGAGAUGCUGGAAAAGGAGGAGCUCCAGCGUCGGCGGGCAAAGGAGGAGGAGGAUGAGGAGGACACGCUCUACCUGUCCGAUCUGGCCGACGACGUCUUGGUCGCCAGCACUAAUCACUACAGUCUAAUGCUGAAGAAGCUGUCCACGUACUACGAGGUCGUGCGCCGCUCCAAGGCGUUCAAGAUCCUCUUUUACACGACGCAACCCGCGCACGUAAUCACGAUCGCCGCGGUCUUAUUUGUUACAACGGUUCUCUUUCCAAUCAAGGGAAGAGUACAGGUCUCUAGUCAUCCUUAUUCAAGAAUGAUGUCCUUCAUUUAUCUCGCAUCCUUUGUCAUACAUUUUGGUGCUCAAAUCUGGAUGACUUUCGUAUCAGGUCUAUCUUUGUACUUUGCAUUGCCACGACAUGCAUUCGGUGAAGUGCAGCGCGUUCUAUUUCCAAGAUACUUCACGAUUAACGCGUGUCUGAGUCUCAUCACGCUCCUCAUAUUCGUCAAGCAUCAUCCGGCGCAUACAUGGGACGCUGAAAUUGGUGUUCAGGUUGGUGCAAUGUCCGGAGCCUUUUUCUUGGAACUGCUGAUACGCCUCUACCUGACACCUCCGCUUCUCCAGCUGAUUGUGCAAAAAAACAACUUCGAACGCGCGGUGGGCGUCGGCAACGAGAUAGGCCGUCACAAUCCUGGGCCGCUCAAAAACUGCACGCAUUACUUGAAGAUCCACCGAGCGUUUCGCCGAGUGCAUGUGUGCAUAGCCAUGGGAAACAUGCUCACUAUGGCGUGUACGGUACUUCAUCUCUAUUAUAUAGCAAGCAAAUUAUGUGCUUUGUAAGAACAAUUAGCUCUUGGUCAUAAAAUUUACAUGCGUAUUAGUUCGUGAGGUCAAAGAAGUCCUCGUAAAAGAACAUCUAGAUGUAAUAGAAUCUAGAAAAUAUUAAUUUUGAAAAAAGCGUUAGUGGUAGUACAUUAGUACGCGUCUCGUACGAUGGUAACGGAAGUCAUAAAAUGCACCGGAAUAUUCAGCCCUGAUGGUGCAAGAUGCGAUUUUUCCUGCCAUUAAAGUUACUUGCAACAAGUUAGACUGUAUAACGAGUCUUUCAGUGCAGCUGCCUUGAAUUUUAAGCCUCGACGAUUUAUCGAGGUAUAUUAGUGUAUGUACUACUAAUCUGAACUUACUCUAUGUUAAAAUAGAGUAAGCAAUCAGGUGAUUGUAAUUGACAUUUGCAUGAUGUAAGUCACUCUGUGACUUAUCCUCAGAGCUGGACUAGCCAAUCAGAAGAGAAUAAAGCUAAGACGAAGGUAAAAGACCAGUUUUAACAUUUCUCACAAAUAUGAUCUGCUUACAAUUUGUUGAUAGUGCUGUAUAAAUUAUUGCUGAAAAUAGUGGGAAACGCGUGCAUGUAAUUUGUGAGAAUGUCUAGAGAUUGAGUGGACGUAAUUUAUUCAUCGGCACACGAAGUGGUCGAUGCUUCUAUGUAAAUAAUAUACAAAUAUCUCGUACGAAAAUAUAUCGAUUUAAUUGUACGUCUUAGGAUGAACAUAUAAAAUAUUUUUAUACUUGUAUUUUUUUUCUUGCAAGUUUUAAGGCAUGAAUUCUUGCCGAAGCGUGUUAAACUCUUGCAUUAAAAAUGUAUUAAUAAUUAUAUCAAGGUAUCUUAUCUGCGAUGGAAAAUUGUGGCUUGAUAAUAUUUAGAAAUUUUUCAAGAAUUAGAUCAAAUUGCUUCGCGAUUUUAAGAUCGUCGUUAUUACAUUGGAUGCAAUAAAAGUACAUUUACUCUGUAUCAGAGUUAAUGAUAUUUAUUGAGAUUGCACACUAAAAUGAUCGUAUAGACAUAAAUGUAACAGUGAUAUCAAUAUAGAUGAAAAAACGAAGGAAUGAAUCAUUUUAUAUUAAUCGAGUGAAUCACCGUCUCAUACACACACUCCAUUACUGUAAAUAACUGCAUUCUGUUCACUUAACAUUUGUAAAUUAUACGAUAUCUCAUAUAACAAUAUACGAGUAUGUAAUGCUUUUUUUU